AUGAAAUCAUAUUUUUUUAACUUCUGUUUAUUUCAGGAUACACUUAUUAAACAGCUGGAGCUACUUCUUCAUUCACUUGGAGAUUGUAAAAUCCACGUCCUCAGCUUGGAUGCUGAUAGACAGACCCGCAGGGUGAGGCUUAUCUUCAUAGCAGAAAGAACUCAACCGGGAGAAACCGUCACUUCGGUGAAAGGAAUAGAUGUAGUUAAAUCCUUGAAGAGAAAGCUACUGACUGAUAGUAGUUUACUCAACUUGGAUAUUUUGUCUCUAGACACAGUUGUGUGCCAAAAUGAAUGCUCAAAUCACGGAUCUUGUGACCCGUAUACUAAGCUCUGUGUGUGUGAAGCAUUUUGGAUGCAGAACAUUUUCAAGUUUUACUUUGGACAUAGAGAAAGUAACUGUGAUUGGAGUAUAUUGUACGUGGUGAUAAUUUCUUUUGUUGGAGUAAUGGCAGUUGCUGGAAGUAUUUGGGGAAUUAUUUUCCUUUGUAUGAGAGUGAAGUGUCGAAAGCAGAAGAAACGCCACAGAUAUGCUCUUCUUGAAGACAUUGGUAGCGACAAGGAGAAAGAUGGAAUACCUAGAGGCAAGUCACAGAACAGUAGCCUCAUGGUUUCAGACUCUGAGUCAGACACAUUGUUUGACUCUCGGAGAAGGCCGGGUUUGAAGAGCAAUGGAAAGCCUCUCAACGGUGUUAUUAGGAAGGAAAGAAAAAUCAAAGCUUGAUGCUCAUCAGGUUCAACUGAACGUGUGUACAGACUUUUUAAAUUUGUAAAAAAAAAGAACCUGAAGAAAUGUGCUAUAUCACAGACAAAGUAAAAUUUCUAGUGUGGUUUGUUCCAUUUUUGUUCAUGUUCGUACUGUUUGCUAACACCCAUAAUGGGUGGUUUAAAGCCUCACUCAAAACAAGAUUACUAUAUACGGUUGUAAUGUACCUUGUUUAUUAAGUCAAAGUUUAAUUUAUUCUUUUAAUUAUUGUAUACUUACUGUCAUGGAAAUAUUGUCAAAAACAACAACUGUUGUGCCAAUCAAGUAGUGUUUACAGCAUAAAGUAAGGAUUUUUAAUGUGAGUUUUUAAUCUGUAUGGUUCUAGAAGUGUUCUUCAAACCCACUAUGCAUUUUGAAACACUUUGCAUGCAUGGCAAUUAUUGAAACACACUGCCACUGGGUGGUCUUUCUACAUAAGCUUCUAAAAACAUUAAAAGCAGUCUUAAUAGUCAAGUGAAUUUAAGCCAUGUCUGUCUCAUGUUUUGUUUUCCGUACAGUACUUGUUCUGUUUCCGCAGUGAUCCAAUGAAUGUCAUGAGUUGUAGUCUUCUCCACAUACAAAUCCUGCUAGUACUGGUGCUCCAAGAAUGACUAGGGUUUCUUUGUAUUUAUAGAUGAUGUCUUCUUUACAGUGUGGGUAUUCUUCUAGUGCUUCAGAUCCAUGAAUGGCUUGGGGUGGAUGUGGUCUUCCCCACAGUACCUGUUCUGCUAGUGCUGGUGAUCCAAUAUUGGUAUGGGUUGUGGAUUUCUCUGAGGUACAAAUCUUGCUAGUGCUAUGAUCCAAGAUUGGUAUGGAUUGUGGAUUUCUCUGAGGUACAAAUCUUGCUAGUGCUGUGAUCCAAGAUUUGUAUUGAUUGUGGAUUUCUCUGAGGUACAAAUCUUGCUAGUGCUGUGAUCCAAGAUUGGUAUGUAUGUGUUCAUUAAGUACCAAGUACUACAUCAGGAUAUGUCGCUACAUAGAUUUGUAGCAUCACUGCUUUUAAUUUUUUUUUCCUUUUAAACGUUUAAUUGAGCCAGUUAACAUUCGUUCUUCUUGACAUUUUUGGUUAGUAUGCUUCCCAUAAUUAGAAAUCUAAGCCUUUUGUUUUUUGUGAGGUUUUUAUAUCUAAUUUUGACAUAAUGGAAUUGUUCCUUUUGGACUCUUAGUAGUUUGGGUUAUGAGGUUUUGGGGUGUUUCAAGUCUGCCACGUGAACUAAUGGUUUAAUAAAGUUAUUAUUACAUUAUUAGGUUUCAGUUUUGCAGAAGUAUUUUUUCAACUGACUAGUUCUUUUCUAGGUUUUUGUUUAUAUCUGUUAUAUAUCCAAGAUGUCAUUAGUUAAACAACAAUCUGUGUUUCAUUCAGUGCUGUCCAUCUCUUCGGCUAACUUGUGUCCUCAUUACAGCAGAGUCUGAAGGGAGUAUUGUGUUACAGCUUUUGUCUUUAACGUGCUUUCAACAUUUAAGUUGUGUUGAGGGCAGUUUAACUUUGUGCUUGGCACAUAACAUAUAUUUUCACGCUACUGUUUAAUUAAUAGAGAAAUUCCAUGGAAUAUUACUGAAACGUGAAAUCACCUAUGUCGCUAUGUAUCCAGAUCUUCUACUAAUUGUCAUUCUCCGAAGCAAGUAAUAAAGAAACUUAAAUUAGUGUCACAAAAUCUUUUAGUAACCGUCACUAAAACCAAGAAUGUUUUUAAAGCUGUUAAAACUGAAAUACAAACGUUCAUACGACAGACACGUUAUUUCCAAUCUAAGAAUCUCCAAGCGAAAUUUGUUCAUAUUAUGCUAGAAAUCUAGAAUUUAAAGGUAUUACAAUAUUGUAUUAAGAAUUAUGUAGGUAUUCACGAAUUUAUUGAAGAUUGUUGGAUAAGCGUACACACAGACUGUGAGGUUUCACAGACACGUUAUUGAAGUAAUGUUUGGAGUUUUUGUUUACUGUUAUCCAUAAAGAUUUGUCCAUAAACUAUUCACAUUCAGUAACAUUGGUGCUCUCAAAGAUAAAAGUUUACUUUUUUCAUUUCGGUUGAAUGAAUAUUACCAAACAAAAUUAAUUAAAGCUAUAAUCGUUGACCAAGUUACCAAAAUACUUGAAAUUAUCUAUUUUUUUUCAUUACAAAGGAACGUGUCUUGUUUUUUUUUGGCUGGAAACUCGUGAAAUUUGGAACAGUAAAUAUUGGAACUGAUGCAAUGAUAUGUAACUAUUUUGACAUAUUUGUAAAUAGAAAUGUUGUUUUGUCAGUAAACAAAUCAUCUCGAAAAAAUGAACAACAGUAUUUUUACUGAAUAUGACACUCAAGUUUUCUAGUUUGAUAUCUUGAUACUUCUACAAGAAGCAUGUUUUUGUCCAAUAUUUCUAUUUGUCAUUGAUAUAUAGUUGGUUAGAUUACUGUUCAGUUAUCCUUUUGUGUUUUUUUUUUAAGUGUAGUAUUAUUAACACUUCGACUUCCUUACAUCUUCCAACCAUUUCCGUGCUUAUACAUUCUGAGUUUGCUAAAGUCAGAAUUAAAACAAAUAGAUAGUAGAGAAUACCAAAAGUAAUUGUGUUUAUGUCUGAUAUCUUUCUACAUCAAACAGAUUCCACAAAUCAUUCUGUUUAUGUGCGACAUUAUGCUAUGUCGGCUUUGUUCUGGAAACCAUUUUGUUUGUCUGAUAUCUUUCUGUAUCAAAUUAGUUCCCAAGUCAUUCUGUUUAUGUCUGAUAUUAUGCUAUGUUAGCUUUGGGAGGGAGUGGGGGUGAUUUCUGGAGCUUUGUGUUGUUCUUUUGGUUUUAUUAAUUGUGCACGCUUUUCUCCAUUUUGCUCUGCAAGCUUUAAAAAUUAUGUCGACCAGUCGUUUUGUCCAUCCAUUUGACCGUCCUUCAUCUUCUCACACACACACACACACUUGCUAAUUAAGGUUGGGAGAAGGAGAAGAUCUGAUCUUCUCGUGUUAAUUAACUUCUUAUUCCUAGUCAUAAGUUGUUGUUUUUAAACUGUUUGAAAAUAAAAUGAUUAAGAGAGCUAGUCACGUGUAUAGUUGUUAUCUAGCUCCUUCCGACUUAGGGUGAUGGGUAUUUUUGUAAAGCUUAACUAGUUUAAUAAACCAUGCAUAAACAGUG